CUGCUACUUUCAUUCUGUCGUGCUUUCACUUUCAAUUUGGUUGUGUUUUUGACACGUCUAUCGACGAAGAAGAACAGCAGGAGAAUAACACAGCGACGAGGUGCAAAUCGCAUUGAAAAUGUUUGCCAAUACGCUCGGUGCUCUGCUGUUGGCGACGUGUAGUCAUGCCAUGCUGACUUCAUUGGAGAAGGAGGAGCUGGUGGGUGUGCACAACGCACUGAGAGGCGAAGUCCUCCCACAGGCCAGCAAUAUGCAGAAGAUGCUGUGGGACGAUCAGCUGGCUACCUCUGCGCAGGAGCACAGCUCGCGAUGUGUGUGGGCACCUAACCAAUUGGCCAAUGCAGAGGCUGCAGCCUCCUUCCCCGAGGGUGUUGGCGAGAACCUGGCCUUCAGUUUCAACGACGCCACCACAGCCGAAGUCAACCCAGUGCGCUUCAUUCACGAGUGGUUCGCCGAGUCGGCCUUCUACAACUUGUCCAGCGAUUCGUGUGCCCCAAAGGAGACCUGCAAGCAUUACAAGCAGCUCGUGUGGAGCAGCUCGCACGCUAUCGGCUGCGGCAUCUACACUUGCCAGCUGUUCGACUUCUUCGGCGUGUCGUUGCCCAACGCCACCCUCUUCUCCUGCCUGUAUGGAGCAGCAGGGAACACAGCCACCCUGAAGCCCUACUCGGAGGGAACACCGUGCAGCGAGUGCCCUUCUCGCUCAGAAUCCUGUGAGGCAAGCCUGUGCGUUCUCAGUCUCACUGCCAACGCCUCUGCCACCGCCGGUUCAGUGGAUCUCAGCGGUCCCGGAACAGUCGGCAACGGCAGCGCUGAGGCCCCACAGGGCAACAUCUCAGCGCCUCCGCUUGUUGCCAUGCCCCCACCAGCAGUGGAGAUAGGCGUAGAUGCACCCACAACACCAGCACCAACAUUGACCCCUAGCCUGCUGCCCAAUCACUGCGAGGCACCGGCAACAGCAACGGAUCGCGAGGACUGCUGGCGGUCUGCGUGGCUUCUCUGGACACAGAAGUACAACCAAUGGGCAGCUGGCCAGUGCAGUCAGUCACCAACUAGUGCCACAUCACAAACCUUCCCUGGCCUUCUCUAAACAUCUUCUUCCCGCAACGCACAGUUUGCUGUUCCUUCGACUAUGCGCAGCCAUACUCAAGAUUGAUGCUCUGAUUGACCCAGACAAACACCUGUACCCGUACAAUGUUACUUAUUAUGUUCAAGGCCUCCACUCAAGUAAUCUUGUUUCUAUGGUGGCAACUCUCCCACACAUGCUGCCUUUCUUUGGCAUGCAGUUAACUGUAAUCCACCUCAGCUGCCUUGCCGUGAGUCUGCUUGAAAUUGCGGCAUCUGUUUCUGGCUAGCUCACAGCUGACAGGCUCCAGAAUAACGGUUAGUCCGGCUGAAUCCAAUGACCGCUCAAAGUCGCAGCAUGACAGUGAGUGUUAUUUCUUCCUAUGCUAUUGUUCUGGCCGUUUACUUGCCGCCAGUCUGUUCUGUUUCCAACCCUCUUCAGUUCUUGUGUCCUUUCCUAUCCGUUCCACAUCCAUUUCUAGCCUGAGAUGGUUCUUCUGUUCUACCUUUAUAUAAAUGGGUUUUUCUUGUCUGGCUCUCUCUCUCUCUCUCUCUCUCUCUCUCUCUCUCUCUCUCUCUCUCUCUCUCUCUCUCUCUCUCUCUCCGUGUAUCAUUUAGUUAGCGUUAUUGGGCUCCUGCAUGUAUAUAGCCGUGCAACCAGUAUCUAGCAACCUAAUGUGCGGUUGUAUAUAUAUGGUACACUGUGCUGUGCAGAUGUGAUUGCAUAUUUCUAAAAGCUACAUUGAUCAGUCAGCGGCUGUCUUAUUCCAUUUCCUAUUUAAUAUUCCGAAUAAAGAAUCAACCGGCAGGCAGUAGUAACAUUCGUGAGUAAAGGCAAUGCACUUAAUGCAGCGUAAUAGAAUCUACCAUUGAGUUUGAUACUCUCCACUGGCUGACGGGCAAUUAUUAUUAUGCUUGUAAGUGAAUGACACCAUGAGGAUGA